AUGGCUCUACAUUUGAAGCUGUUAUUGUUUGCCAUACUUUCCACAUCACAUCCAGCUGCAGGAACUGAGCGGGAAACAGAAGUAGUUCAGUAUGUGAAAAACGUGUCGCUAUUCCUAAGUCAACGUUACUUCGGCACAUUCAUUUGCUGGCUGCUGCAAUUCAACGAAGAACAAGCGACGGCCGAUCUUCGCAAUUCGGUAGCGCAGCAGCUUUCUUCGCGGGAAAAUCUGUCUCUACUGCAGGCCGAUAUUAGCACGCCUCAUCACCCAUCACUUGAGGAACCGAAAAUGAUCGUUAUUUGCUUGAGUCAUUUAGACGCAAACGUAAGUGUCGAAAAUAUACGCACUUGGCUUGAGAUGAUUCCAGCCAGUAGUGUUACGAUUCUACUUUUCCACGCAACUAGCUCCCAUCUGGUGGCAGAAACAGCUAAUGUAUUAGCAUCAUUUUCAAUCGUGUACCUAAUCAUGAUCGCUACCAACGUUGAUUCGAUCUACACGUUCAAUUAUGCCCCAUUGCGAGUUGUCCGUCACUCCGGGUUUCCCUCUCCUGAAGCUUUACUUUACGAUCGGGUGAGUGAACUAAGUAUUAAAAGUAUUCCAGCUGCGUAUGUAGCAGAUCCUUUUAUUUACGCUUUGAAUGAAUCGAUAGAAGGAGAGGAUAUACAGCUGUUUAAGCUAUUCUACGGUCGGCUUGGUAUCAAGCUUAACAUCGAGCUGAUAAAUUGUAACCAAUCUGAAACGACUGUAAUGCAAUGCAUAAGUGAUCAAAACAACUCCAUCAUUUUAAAUCGCCUUGGAUUUGAUUCUUAUCAGCAACAAUGUUUGGUAGACACGAUCGAAAUCCACAAAAACGCCAUAUUUGUUCCCCGAGGACGACUCUUGACGAUCGUGGAAAUCCUCAUGAUUCCGUUCGACACUAGCGUGUGGAUAUUGUUUGCAAUAUUGUUCGUUAUCUUCGCACUGCUGCACCGAUACGCUGCGAGAAUGUUUCAAAACAAUCUUUUCCUACUAGCGCUGUUCGGUUGGGAGAAGCGCACGCUUCACAAAACCGGACGGUGUGAAAAACUUGUUGCUAUUGGCUUGAUUGUGCUGUGCUUUCAGCUCAUGUGCGCAUACGAAACGCUACUGAUCUCGGGGAUGAUAAAUUGGCCUUCCAAACCAGACCCUCAAACUCUUGAAGAUCUACGUAAAGCUAACAUCCCGGUUUUUGUCGAUGCAAGACAUUACGACAUUGAUCGUACGUACUUUAAUUUGGAAGGCAUUAAGCUGAUUUCCACAUACAAAUUCGUAGAAUUGAAAAAAGAAGCUUUCAUAAACAAUUUAUUUGUAUUGCAACUGCUUCAAAAUGAUAUUUUUAACAUUGAUCCCAAUAGCGGGGGAUAUCUGUAUGUCAUCCUGGAGCAAACGAUUUGGCAUGAUGUAUAUUUCUAUUACUUUCGGAAGAAUUCAAUAUUUAGAGAGCCCUUCGCUCGGUUCCGUCGGCAAGCGUUCGAGGCUGGAUUGCAUCAACAUUGGAGACAACAGAUGAUACUCCAGUACGGACGAAGAAGGCAUGUGUCCUAUCAGAAAAUACACCACAACACAAUCGAGCAAAACACCAUUCGUUUGGACAAUUUGAGGGCAUUAUUUAUCAUUUUAGCCCUUCUAUGGUGCGCUUCUGGUAUAGUGUUUCUCUGCGAACUUGCGAUCUGCAGACUUAAGAAACAAUCAAACUAA